CCAAUGAGCGGCUCACAACCAGUUGAUGCUUCCAAGGUGCGAUGGUCUGAGGGAUCCAGUGAUUUGCUCCUAGGAGCUUCAGUCACGUACCGAGAUGCUGGAAAGGAGUACGAAGGCAUAGUGCAGGUUGUUGGUGAAGAAGAGCUCACCCGAAGAAGGAUCUACGCAGUGGAGUUCACCGAAAAAUUUGGGCUGUCGUCGACGAUGAGGUUACUUACUUUUGCGGAAGUCCAAGCGCUGAACCCACAGUUCCAGGCGAGCAAUCAAAAGCGGUGGGAGUUUCGAGAAGCAAGGCGAACGUUACUUCGCUACUUGACAAAGCUGACCCUUCAGGGCUUGGGCGAGAGCGAAGCUGCUCCGGGAGGAUAUCCUUGGCCACACCUGGGGGAUGAAGGAAAGAUCCCAGGAUUCUUUGAAAACUUGAACCAACAGCUUCGCAUGUUCGCAGCACCAAUGCUGGACGAUGCGCGGGCCUCCUUGCAACAGUCCUUGCAGACAAUGCCGAUGAGCAGCUACUGGAAGGUCUACAUGAUCCCCAGGGGUCUCAGCAAGACGGACUGCAAGCGUCUGGCGCGGGGCCUCCCCGACAGCCGCAUGGAUGACCAGUGCCGCUACUUUAGCGUUGACAAGAUGGAGGGGGAAAGCAGAAACCCCAAGAAUAGUUGGUUGCCCUUCAGCACCGUGCUCUUGGUGCAAUGCGAGGUAUCUCGUUCGGUAGGCUUCAUGCUUUUGAUGGCUUGUGCCUAUGCAAGGCAUUGCCAAGCGUCCCACAUCGUUUCGGGGUCCUACACCGAGACCAUGAUGGGGCCUACAUUGCCAGGGGCCCAGACACCGGCAUGUUGUCCAGCUGAUGUGCAGGUGUCGGACUGGGGCAAGGAUGCUUGUCCAAUUUGCGCUUCUGAUUUCCACUUGGAUCGCCGCAGUGCAGUGUCUUGCGACUGUGGAGGUCUAAAGGUCCACAGCUGCUGCGCCCGCUAUGCGGAACGUCAGUCGCCCCUGGAUGCUGUGCUGACCUGCCAGCUGUGCAGCGAGAUGGUGGCGGAACCACGAACUGAUUCUGCUGAUCACCGCACCUGGGCCAUGUUCGUCAUGGACAGCGUGAUGGCGCCGUUGCGGCAGGCCUCAGUGCUGGAAACACCCAAGGAUCACUUGCCUUGCUUUUGGAGCAAGGAUAUCAGUGGAAGUCCAUUCAGUCCAGAGUUGGAUGUCAACGAGAUCUUGCCCGAGAUCACGAGAGAGCAGCACAAGUCCUUGAAAAGCGUCAGGAAAGGGCCGAUUACCUCAAAGUCUGAAAUGGACGACCAGGAAUCUUCUACGAACCGACACUUGAAGGAGUUGAACAGCUCACAGAGGGAGGCCUGCAAGGAAGCCUUGAUAUUGGACUCUGGCGUGGUGCUGGUACAAGGCCCGCCAGGAACCGGCAAGACGAAGACGAUCGCAUCGUUGAUCCUGGCGUGUGCAGCCAACCGUCAACGCGUCCUCACCUGCGGACCGACGAAUGUGGCGGCCAUGGAGACAGCCAUGAGAACGGAGCAAAUGGUGCCUGGGCGGAUACCAAUUUUUAACCAUGGUGUAAUAGAUGUUAAUAGAUGUUCAUAG